AAGCUUUAAUUCUUUGUGUGCUUUCCCCUUUGUGUACACACCGAUUGAUAAAUUCAGGUGGAACUUCUGAACUGAAGGACCGCCAACCUGCAUAUCGCGUAGAUCAGUACCUCUCCAUAAUCUUUAGUCUUCUCAUACGUCAACUAGAAAGUGUCUUUAGUUGUCACACUCAUCAGGGGUUUUUGCAAUGGCUCAGAUCCGCUGUAUGUACUUCGAUGAAAGCGGCAAUCCUCGCAAUGGGGGCUGUUGGGCAAAGCAAUGCAACUUCAUCCAUCCUGGGGACCCCGCUUGGGAUGCGGCCCAGGUUCCGAGGAAUGCUCCAAGAGGUCGCGGAGGCAGAGGUGGAAAUUUUGGAGAAUCGAGGGGAUCGUUUCCUCGUGGAAGAGGGCGUGGAUCUGGAGCCUUUAACUCAUCUAAUUCAUCUGUCGCGUUGGGAUGGGAUACAGGAGGAGGGUCUUCUACUAAUGUACAAAGCUCGGGCUGGGAUACGGGGAAUACAAAAGAUUCCAUCAAACCAGCCAGUGAUAACACUGAUUCUAUGUGGGGAUCUAGCUCAGGCGGGGGUGGCUGGGGCACUUCGGACGACCCAUGGGGCAUUAACUCAGGACCAAAAGAAUCUUCUGCAGGCGGACAGAGCUCAAACGACCCAUGGGGCAGCAACUCAGUAACAAAGGAAUCCUCUGCAGGCGGACAGGGCUCCAACGAUCCAUGGGGGAGCAGUUCAGGAACAAAGGAAUCUUCUGCGGGCGGAUGGGGCAACCCUUCCAGUGGUGACAAAUCUUCUGCUGGAUGGGGCGCCUCACACGCACAGGGGAAUCGUAGCAUCUCAGGACAAAAGGAAUCUUCUGCAGGCGGAUGGAAUGACUCUCCCAGUAGCGGGUGGGGCAUCCCUUCCGGUGGUAACAAAUCUUCUGGUGGAUGGGGCGCGUCUGAGACCACAUUGCACGCACAGGAGAAUCAUAGCAGCUCAGGAAAAAAGGAACCUUCUGCAAGCGCAUGGGACUCCUGCGGGAGCGGGUGGGACAACCCUUCUGGCGGUGACAAAUCUCCUGGAUGGGGCAUGUCGGGGACGAAGGAAGUGACGUUAUACGCGCAGGAGAAACGUAACGAUACCGAACAAGAGAGUCGCAAAUCAAAACCAGUCCCUCCACCACCGCGGCCCCUGUUGUCGACUUCUAGUGGGAUGAGAGCGCAAGACGACAAGGAAGACACAAGGACAGACACGCGUCCACUCAAGAUGACCGGAACGAAUCAAGUCCCGAUGACAAAUACUAAAUGGAACAAGAAAUUGGAUACCAUAGCACCCCCGCAUGUGGAGUCCUUUGAGAAACCUCGUGUUCCGCCGCUCCAGACGAGCACAUUAAACAACUCGAUGCCCGGAGAGCCAUCAGCUCUGUCGUCCGCCAACCGCUCUGAGGAAGACCGUGCGGACGUGGAGAAUUGGCGACGGAAGGCGAUGCCAGACGCACGUGGCGGGUCGCCUGCCAUGUCGACGGUGACAGCAUCCACCGCUAAUCCCACUAAUCGCAAGAGGAAACACGGAAGCUCAGAGAUCGACAGAAAGCAGGAGGUCUGGAAAGAUCUUAUUAGAUUGCUCGACCGGGCUGUUCGAGCAAAAAUAGAUCUUACGAAGGCAGAGGUAGACCGCCAAAAAUGGAAAAGGACACAGAAGUCUGCUAGGUUUUCGCGCAUCGGUGAAGCUGGCCGCAUUCGACUGGAUGGACUUCGGACAGAGCUUGAGAAAGUUUGCAGUGCUCACUCAGAUAAACUAACACAGGCAAUCAGUGAACUUGCGGAGGUUGGAGACAAGUUGAGAUCUGGUAUAGACUAUGAUCGACGUUACGACAUUGAAGACGAAGUGACGAGCUACUUAAGAGAAGUCGGGGCUUGGUUGUCAGACAUCCGCCCACUCCUCAUUGCCAGCACCAGCCAGCACCCUCCGAAAACGAACAAUCCUACUCCUGAUGAAGAUGACACCCCGCCUGAAGAGCCAGGCGCUAUUCCGGACGGUCUUGAUCCGUUGCGAUCUCGUUUGGACAAACAGGAGGAGCUUCUAGAGGAACUCCGAACAGCGCUGACGCUCGAGCCUCCAAAGCGGGCUAUUGCUACUAUCGACGACAAGAUUGACAAGAAGAUAGAUACCCUGCGCGAAGCCCGAGUGGAGGCCAAACGCGCUAGGCAGGCUCCACCGAAGGUUGAAAUACCACCCGAGGCGAUGGGCGCUAUAGAAGAUGUUUCUCGCAAGGCGACGGAGCUGAGCGCGGCCAUGGCAACACCUGUCAAUGACAUCGCACACCUACUCAUUCUUCAGAACAAUAUACAGAAAACACAGGCUUCUGUCAAAACUGAGAAUGAGGAACUUAGACAAUCGCUAGCCAAGCUCACUGAAACCUCCGCCGUUAAUCGAAAGCUGAUCGAAGAACAGACCGAAAACAUCCAACGUCUCAAGGCUUCACUCGAGGCGGCUUCUGAAUUGCGACGCACUCCACCCCCUGCUGAGCCCCCAAUGAAAGUAAUGUUCGACGAGCUUCGUACAGCAGUCGAUGGUGUGGUGCAGGAUAUCGUAUCGCGCGAGGUCGUUCCAACGAUUACACGGUUGGGCGAGGCUUGCCGGGUAGAGAACCAGCGCAUCCAUGGAGAGGUAUUUGAGACAAUCUGGGACCUAAUGGCGCCCAGCUUGAAGAUCACUGAAGCCGUCAACCGCUGGGUGACAAGGUUAGGCCUUCCUGCAUCCUAAUGUGUACCUCCAAGACAUUCAUCUAUCCACUAUCCCACUGCUUGCUUGCAAACACCAUCUUCGUCGAUACAUUCUUAGCCAGCCUACACUAGUUACACAUUAGUCUUGCAUUUAGUUCGGGCACUUCCCUUAAUAGUAAACCCGGUACAUGAU